AUGCAUACACCAACAUUUAUUGAUUGGAUUAACCUCAAACAUCUCCUUAGAUGUCUAAAAGGAAGCAUUAUGCAUGGACUACAAUUUUAUAAAAAUUCUGAAAAAUCAGUUUCAGCUGAUAGUGAUGUUGAUUGGGCUGGCUCAAGAGAUGAUCAAAGAUCGACAAGAGGAUAUCUUAUUUUCAUAGGAAACAAUCUGAUCUACUCAUCUAAGAAACAACCAACAAUUGCUCGAUCAAGUACAAAGGAUGAAUACAAAGCUUUGGCAAAUACGACGGCAGAAAUAACUUGGAUUCAAUCACUUCUCACUGAAAACAAUAUUCAACUUUCAUCUCCAACAACAAUUCACUGCAACAACAUUGGAGUGACCUAUCUAGCAACAAACCUGGUAUUUCAUUCACACAUGAAACAUGUGGAGAUGAUUUUCACUUUGUAUGUGAGAAAGUAG